CGCCUACACGUUGUAGUUGCAGCAUCCACACUUAGCCCUCCUCAGUCCAGCGCGUGCCUCCACGCGACCAACCACCACCUCGAUCACUGCUCUCUCACUCUCGCGCGGGUUCACGCUCGUGGUGGCGAGCCUCAACACACGUUCGCCGCGAAUUUCGCGCUGACAGUGCUUUCGGCCAGCGACUGCUUGAUCGCGCGGCUCGAUCAAGUGGUCCGCCAGUGUUCUGUGCUACUGUGUCUCACGACUGGAGAAAAUCGAAUCAAAUGCGUUGGAUGUGGCUGUCAUGACGAAUGUCGCGUCGACGCUUUCUAACGGUAUAAUUUCACGAGUGCUGGUGAAACUGUAUAAGAAAGCUUCGACGUGUUUUGCAGAAUUAUAACGUUUACAUGAAAAAUAUAGAACGACAUCUCAAAUGAUGCUUAUAAAGUUAUAAAAAUUCGUUGAAAAUUUGUUGAAAACGACAGUUGAAUAUUCUUUUUUUUCCAUUCUGGAGUAAUGGCAUAUUUUGGUUUACUUAUUUUUUUAAAACGGUGAUAAAAAUAAGUGUGUUUUUGACAUUUCAGAAUAGCAUAUUAGUCUUCAUAAUUAAGUAUCAUCAGAAUAUGUCUUUUAAUAGUGCGGAAUAAUUUAAUGGACGUUCAACUGUUUCUGAAAUUUGAAUAUAUUUUGGAACAUCAUGACGGCGCAUUUGACUACAUAUUUAUAACCAAUGUCAUUUAGUGUAUGAGGAAGCAUUUAUUAAAACAGAUGGUUGAGGUGGUGCUCGCGUAUCGUUCGUGUGAGUUAUAUUAUCGAUAUUCGGAGUAAUUCGGUCAGAUUGCGGUGAAUAUUUCGUGAAGAGUGUUUAUUAUAAAAACAUAUUUCUAUAAUGAAUUCCAGUGAAAAGUAUUGCAGGAUCGCAAGCACUUUGACGCUUGGUUAAGCCGUGAGCUAAAUAUCCGCGAUGGCGCAUGAUAGGCGUGAAUUUGUGAUAUUAUCGCGACAAGCAGGAGUUGAGUAGAGAAUUCACAUUCGACCGCCGAUCAUUCGGAGGUUCGAUCGGAAACCAGUUGACGAUCGAAGCGCGAGUAGAGCCGCGUGUUUCGUUGACGAUCGUUGGCGACCGCGUUCGGCAUCCGGUCUCAUCAGCGACGACGAUAAAACGGAGAACGACAGCGACGACGCAACGGGGGAGGCGAAUCGGCAGUUUAUCGAUUCGUCGAUCGAUCGAGAAACAUCGCGCCCGCUGCUCAACUGGAGCGGGUGAACGUUGGCACGCGGAUUGGAAAUCGACGAGCGUGGGUUGACACGCGGCGCCAACCUGUUGCUCAAGAUCGGACUCGUUUCCAUUUAGAGGACUACGGGAGCCCAGGCCGAACUGGCUGCCGUCGCUCUGACACACCGUGGGACCCGUCCUCGAUCCGGAGCCAGGAAUUAAUCAACCGGACCAGCGGAGUUUCGAGUGCCCACUUCUGAUUAACACCCGUGCUUGUAUUUAUUGAAGACGCAGUGGGAUCAGAAGUUCUCCGUGGUAGUCUUCUGUUUCGGAGCCAUGCUAUUGAUACCGGUUGCUUCUGAUUAACGUCGCGUUUCUCUGAAGGAGGUUGUUGACGAUAGGAGGUCUUCAAGAUACGUCUUCAACUCGAAACCGGGAAUUAAUCAAACGAACUUGUGAUUAAAUGGACCCAACGGACAGUUAUCAAGCGGAUUGUAGAACCACGAGUCUUCGAGAUAGAACGUCAGUUUGGUGCGUGGAAUUAAUGAGAAUAAACUCGCACGUUGCGAAUGCAUUUCUUAUUAAUAUCGGAAUGUGAAUUACAAGUAGAGUAAACUAUCGUGUUGAAACAUCGUGUAGUAUUCAUGAGAGUGCUCAACGAUUAAAACUAUUACAUUGAGUGUGUGUAUGUGUGCGUGUAUGUAUGUAAGCAAAGACGGAGAAAUUGGAAACGCAGACAGUUUUAUUCGCGUGUCGGAGAGUGACGCGGAACUUUGAAACAGAAUGAACAUCGGAUUCAAAAUGGUCAGUUAUUCAGUGAUCAUUUUUGUGGUCCUCUGUACCAGUCUGUCGUCGGCCAGCUUCUCGACUGGCGAGUUGCUGGAAUGUCGGGCGAACUUGACGGCGACAAUCAGGAACGACACGAUGUUCGUGGAGAAGGUGCGCCAGUCGGACUACAUCUUCACUGGAAAGGUGAAAGAGCUUCGGCAUGGACAGGUGGUGCACGUGCGCGUCAAGAGGGCGAUCAAGGGCGCGCUGAACGUCACCGUCGACAUCGCCACGAACGAUACCUGCGGUCGUUACAUCAGGCGCGGUUACACCGGCAUCUUCAUGGCGCGUCGCGGUGCCGGCGACGUGGGCAGGAUCGUGAUGCACUUCGGCCCGGUACCGCUUACGCUCGCCAAUCUCGACAGGCUGAACGCCGCCGUCAGAGGUGAGUCGCUGAAACAAUCGUAUUUGUCAUCCGCGAAUUUUUUCCAGGACUAAUGGAAACCCUUGCGGUAAGACCGCUCCUUGAUUUACGAGCUCGGGAUAUGAAUGUGCAGGUGGAGGUUCGGUAAAGGUGUCGGGACUGAGUUAUUAUCUGAAAAAUAUGUUUUCGCGGAAACUUCGGAUUAAAUUGACAAAGAGCCCAAGUUUUCAACGUUACGAAUUGCGCCCCCCAAAGGCGUGAUUUAUAUUGGCAUUACGGGCUUUUUAAGAGCGGCUUCGACGUCCGCGAGCCGAAUUUCUUUGAUCGAUAUUCGGACAGGAAGAAUUACAAUUUCCUCCACCUGUGCGUCGCCCGUGACAGUAAAUAUUGGAUCUGUUUCUUUUCGUAACAUUUAGUACUUUAGAAGUGUUCUAUAUCAUAAGCAGAGUUAACCGUCAUAAAUUAUUAAAGAUUAGCGGCUGUAAUUAAAUGUUAAAUCUACUUUAAUGCGUUUGCAUGUACUUAAUGAUCUCUAACUAUCGCAUAAAAAUAUGUCUACUUUUCGAAACUGGCUGAAUAUAUAUUUCUCUCUAAUUCGGAAAUUCUCUCACGGAGAGUAAACCAGAUAUUUAUGUCUACAUUCCACUUAGGCUAUCCGAAAGCAUGUAUCCCCCGUUGCGUGGAAAGUUAGCAGGAGAGGGGGAUUACUCGUCGUCCUUCUUACCGCCUAAUUGAUCUUCGCCUCUUAAUUGCAAUUAACCUCGAACCUCGAACGUAAUUAUAACGAAAUUAAAUUAAAAUGCUAUGAGAGAUGAGUGCGCGGACGCCGGUAAUGAGAGCGGAUAAAGAAAAGUUAUCUUUCCAUUUCGAAAUUAAAUCGCAAAAAUUUCCUACUUCUUGCCGUAGACUUUUCACGACUGCGGAAGGAAGCGCACGUCGCUCAGGCAAGUUUGUUUCAUUGGAGAGAAAGUUUCGCGAACGGAUUAAUGAGGAGUUAUAUCCAAGAUUGUUAAAGAUAAUCUCGUUUCAAUGAGCGGACGUAAUUUGCAAGAAAGAAUAUCUCAUGGCGGAAUACUAUUGAUCCUUUCGCGGGUGAAGUUCCGAUAGCCGCUCUCUUUAAAAUAGCGUUGAUCUAUAUCCUCGUAUAAUAUUUAUUCCGUGUCAUUCUCAAACCCAAUGCGUUUAUCAGCGCUGCACUUUGCUGGUAAUAAAAGCCGGCGGAUCGCUAGUAGCUAUUAGCCGGCGGGUCGGCAAGAACAAGAAGGAUGCAAGGAAUAUCUAGCAGGGACUCUCCGGGAAACUUUUGGCGGAACUGUAGGAUUCUAACCCGGUUCAGUUAAUAGCAGCAGCGCGGUCUCGUGUAGUUUAACCUAGCCUAACUUAUCCUCAGAUUAGUUCAACGGACCGUGUACUUGUUCACUGGCCCCACCUCGCCACCAGCUCGCUACUAAAUGCUAUCUAUAAUCAUGCAGCUCUGGUAGUUGCGCACUAUACAAGACGUGCCUACAAAUAGCUGCUCUUGUCGACCACCCUCGAAACAAUGUACAUGUUAAAAGGCUACAACGCGUGAUCUUUUAACCGAACUCUCGUCGAAAUUGGAAAUUUAUAUCUAAACUCAAAAUUCUCAGUCUUCUACAUUUAUAUUUAUUUUUUACAUUGCAAUACAGUUUUUAUUAUUAAUAUAAAAAUUCUUUGAAAAAAAAAAAAAAUUUUUGUAAACAGAAAAAUUAUACGCAGAGAUAAGACAAUCAUUCCUUUCAUUCCUCAUAGCUUUGUCGUCGCAGAGACGAUUAGCCGUCAGCAUUGAUUGACAGAAUUCGAUUGCUAAUUGUCCGGGAUUUGGCGAAACGGACGGCGUUGCGGAGCGGCGGGCAUACGUGAUCUUAAUUCUCGGCUCACAGUCGACAUUAACUUCCAAUCAGAUACGCGUCAGUAUUUGCCGAUUUCCGAAGUCCGUUUCACCCUCCAAGAGGUACAUACAUAACGCCCCUUUGAUGGACGUAGUACAGUAUCUAUAGCGCACCCCCCGUUGGGAACCAGUCAUGUGUACUUAAGGAAUCGACGCCAAAUAUAAUUACCGGUUUCGUCCGUUUGCUUCUGGCAAACACACCCCCAAGCUAAUACAGUCAAACACAUUGCUACCGCCAUCUCCUCUCCUCCGUUCGAUCGUCCUCCGCUUGUAGCAUCGUGCAAUAUGUCGGCUCUAAAUUGGACCGUUGUUCACUGUUUCUAUUUGCAGUUCAAAACGAUAGUAACGGUGGCAAUUCGUAAUACCAAUAGAUGAUAAUAUUACAUUGCAAGUAACGCGAGAAUCCACUCGGUGGAAAAAGAACGAAGCGAACCGAAACAGAAUAAGAACAUAAACUUUCUUACGUUACAACGUAAAAUUAUUCGUGAGAAACCAUUUUUAAGAAGUUAUAUUCCAAGAAGUGUACGUGGCGAAGUCACACAGUUGAAGUUGGUGGCCCAGUUUUUCGAUGAUUAAUAAUUAACACGACAGUUACGUUUCGUUUAGGGAAGGAAAGAUCUUCCGCCUCGCGGAAGAUUAAUUUUCUUCGCGAAUAUAAUUAAACGUAACCGCAUUUCCACCCCCGCGCACUCGCUUGAGAAAUCACGCGAGUCCUACGCACUGCGCGUGACAUGCUUACUAAAUUCCUCCAAGUUUCUUCUCAUUCGACGUCUCAUGUUUUUCGUACCAACGACCGUGGAAAUGACGGUUGACGCCCUAAUCUUUUCCCUUUUCUUCGUGAUUUGCUCUAUAAAGUGUGCUUUAUCUCUCAUCCACUCAGUGGACGAAUCAUUAUUCUAAUGAAAAAGAAACUCAUAAUCCUGAGAAUAAAGGUCCUGGUAGUCCCCUGUAGUGAUACGCAAUGUUAUCUUUACUGGCUUCGCGAGGAAUUACGCGAGGAAUGAAAAUUCCGUAAUACUGGAUUCUGUCCCAUAGAUCCUUUGAACUUUUAUCGCAUUGUAUUUACUUUAAUUAACAUUGAUCCUCUUUUUUCGUUCUUCUCAUAAAAUUUAAAAAUACCCAAAUUAAUCAGACCGUUGAAAAUGGCAAAUAAAUUAAAAGUCCGCGUUUCGUAAAUAGAAUGUAGGUUUUCCAUUUGGAUUUAGAACAGAGCCACUCGCUAUAACCUUAAGUCACCAAAAUUAGAAUAAUUCGCGAGUCUCUAAUUAUAAUCAAGUUUCGAUUGUCGCGGGGACUGUUACGUGUUAAAGCGAAGCGUCUGGAGAUGGAAAUUCGUAGAAGAUAUUCCCACCAGAUGCCAUUAUUCCAGUCGCACAUACUUGCCGGUGCGUUUCCGCCGCCAACAACAUUUUCCAUCCUUCCUCCCUUCUAUUCCCGCGAUCCCAACCGCGGUCUCCGGCUUUCCCUUGCGUUCGCGACGACGGCAUUUUCAGCACGUGCUUGACUUAAGCGCAAUUUAAUGUGGUUUAAGUUCGUGCAAAAGGAGGGAGGGGGUGGGACCCGGCGACGGAAACAAGUUGCCGCGCCUAAUCAAGCCUCGCUUUAACCCCGCCAGGGCCACCGUCGUUCCCCGGGAGACGUUGCGAACUACUUGUCCAACUAAUAAUCGCGGAGGAUUCCCCAAACUGAAACUUCCGCCUGUGGAGCGAUGUGUCUACUGACUUCUCGGGAGUGUUUAGCGCUAACGGGUGGCCCGGAAUCCCAACCAAACGUGCGCGAACGCGAAGGGGGGCUUUGGGCAAGAUGCAGGAUGCUUUGUGUCGUAAAGCUAACUAAACGGAAAGGUGUCUGUAAUUGAAAUUGUUACCAUGCACCUUUUUUUUACGCAAUGCGUCACAUUUUUAUAAAUCUCGUUUGAAGUAAUAAAUAUUUCAUUACUUUAAGUCUAGAAUCUGUUAAAUAACAUUUUGACAAAUAUAA